UUCGUCCGAACGGUAGAGGCUGCAAAUGCAAGAGCAGCAGGGAGUUUCUUUUGGCAUUCUGGGGGAAGCCAAGCCAAGGAUUUUUUGUGUGUGCUAAAGAAGCAAACGGGACAGUUGGAAGAGCAAUAGUACGGAGAAGAGAAGAGAUCAGUUGGUGAGAUCCUGAAGGAUUCCAGAACAGACGGCAGCAGCAGCAGCAGCAGUGCUGUGCGAGAUGAGCGCGAGAUAGUUUCGAUUUUAGUGGGUGACACCGUUUUCUGAGAUCAGUUGCACAGAGUGUUUGAAUGGGAAAAUGGUAGUUUUGGGCUGCUGCUCGAUGUGAAGUGGAUUAUUUUCCCAGUGUCGUUUGAUAAUGGUUGCGGUUUUCUGGGACGUGGUGAGAAGAAAACCCACAAUCAAACUAGUAGAACGAGCUGAAAUGCGUAAACUUAACAAGUGAGAUACCAUUGUGUGGCAGUCAGUUUUAAACGUGAAGAAUCAGUGAAAAUGGACCCGAAUGCGGCGGAUGAGCCCACCACCAUCAGCGUGCAGCAGAAGCGUCAACGACGCAAAUGUACAAUUCCUAAAGUGAUCCGUUCAGUGUCCCACGCGGUCAAUGAAUCUCCUCUGCGCUAAUCGGCAAGUAUCGGUAGUGCCGGAGGAGCAGCAGCAGCAGCAGCAGGGGUGGCAAACAGUGCGCAAGGGGAACUGUGGAAGGUGUGGCCGUUAUCGGCGGACAAUCGCUACACUAUUACUACGGCGACUACGACGUCAGCGGAGGCAAAGCGAAACCGAAGGCGCGGCGGCGGAGGAAGAGUUACGGGUGGGACGGGCAUCAUAGCACGGCCACCGAUACUCGACUGCUAGCAACAGCCCGCCAGCAAAGCUAGUGGUUACCCGCGCCCGACGUAGACUAAUGCAGUGGAGGAAGUUUGCGCGGCUGAAAACGACUGCUACUGGACAUUCGCGUACGCGGAGAAUGCUUUGUUGUGGCCGCAGAAAGGAAAAUGGAAGAUCAGUGCCUGACCUCACCGCAAGUCCGGGCCGUGCGCCGCCCGGACCGAUGCCCUCGCACCAGCAACAGCAGCAGGCAGGGCAGGGCAUGCAGCAGCACCACCCGCACCAGGGCCAGGGCGGCCACAUGCAGCAGGGUGGCCAGCGGGGAAUGGGUGGUCCCGGGAGCAGCAGCAACAAGGAACCAGUAUUACUACAGGGCGACUUCCGGAAGGUGUCCGGCAUCAGUUCGGAGAUCUUCCGCCAGAUCGAGGCGGUGGAAAACGACCACGAUCCCAGUACGGCGGCAGCACUGGAGGCUGUGGAAAGACGUGGUGAAAUGAUAGUGCGAAUCCUGGAGCCCCGCUGCAUGGGCAGCCGGCAGGCCGUCGAGGCAGGUCAAAAGUUUCUCAACAAAGCCGACGCACGUCACACGGUUCAGCUGGUGGAGAUUGUCAAGCGGCCCGGUCAGACCCUGGGGCUGUACAUCCGCGAGGGAAACGGAGCGGACCGAUCGGACGGAGUGUUCAUCUCCCGGAUAGCACUGGAAUCGGCCGUCUACAACAGCGGCUGCCUGAGGGUAGGCGAUGAGAUUCUCGCCGUCAAUCUGGUGGACGUUACGCGGAUGUCACUGGACGAUGUGGUGAUAAUCAUGUCGAUACCGAGGCGUCUGGUGCUGGCCAUCCGACAACGGCGUGGUUCCCGUGGAGCCAAUUCACCGGGACCACCUCAAAUGUCCCGACCGGAGCAGAAACCCCCGCCGGUGGUCGUCAUCAAGCGGGACCUGCGAGACGACGAUCUGGACGAUUCGGACCGUGCGCCGCGCUCUUCGAGAUCCUCCCGGGAGCGACGGACCGGAGAUGGGCGGGAGAUGACCGAGUCCCGUUCCCGGCUGGGACUGGGCCUAAACAAUUACAGUCCCCAGAGUGAACAGUUGGACAUGUACUACGCUGUGCGCUCGGGUCAACCGGUGGAGACUCCCAGUUGGGGCUACAAACCACCGCCACCGCCAUCGGUUAUUACCGAGCAACCGAAGGGAACCCACGGCUUCCAGACUUCGCACUCGUACUAUCAGAAUGCCGGUACCCUGGAAAGUCUCGCCGAAAAGGUGCACUCCUUCUAUCCCAGCGCCAACCGACGGAUGUCGGCCGGAACCGGUGUCAGCAUGUCACAAUCCCACCAACGGUUUCCCCGAAGCGGUUCGGAUCAACACCUGCCGCGAGUCGAGUAUGCCGAUUACCAAUCGCUCGGGAGACACACACUGCUUCGGUCUAGUCUAAAGACCGAUCUCGUUCAGGCAGCUCCCAUUGCCGGCGGUACCCUUGGCCGCUACGGUCGUUACGAACCUCCACCGUCACAACGCACACCGAAAUAUGCUCCAUCGCCACUGGGCGCCACCGGAUCCCUCCAGAGGCGUUCCCGUCCGGCGUUGGAUUACUCAAGCGAUACGGAAGCUACGAUCGGUCCUCGGCCUGGCUACUACUACUACAACCACCCGGCCAUGGCCAACACGAUAGCACGCGGCAGUACGCAAGCCCUCGGAGGUGGCCCCGAGUACGCCAAGUUCAAUUCGCUCCCACGCGAUCGACCCGGAUCCCGUAUGGGUCUCCGGAGUCGCAUCGGCGAACGUCUGCAGGACGAAAACGACGGAAACCUAUCAGCUCCCGAGUACUCACUGCCCAUCCGAAGGGAUCCCCGUGAUCUACGCCAGCGCCUGACCGCCAGUCCAUCGAUCUUCACCUCGGAUGAAUACCGAGCUUGGUUGCGGCGAGCACCAAGCAGUUCGGCCAUCUGCGAACAGAUGCGAGCGUCGCGUGACAUCCUAAACCAACAGCGAGCGCAUCGGUUCUCCUGUUCGGCCGAGAACAUCCACGAUGUGCUGAAGAACACCGAAAACAUCUACAGCAGCCGGACUGCGCUCACCGGCGGCACACUGGAUCGGCACAAUCUAACCGGGGCCGGAGGACCCCGUAUGUCUUCACUGCCGGUACGGUCCAUGUCUUCGCAGCACAUUGGGCCGUCCUCAAUCCGUUCGCCCAGCGUCCGGCGGAUGCGACAACUGCUGGAACUGACACAGGGUGGUCCAGGUGGCGUACCGGGCUCGGCCAUGGCAGCCCUCACCGGCCACCAGAGUCCAGCACCAACACCUAGCACAACACUGCCCCGCACCCACCGGCAGAUCGACAUCAACCCGGCCGAGUACACCAAAUACAAGCUGGAUAAGCCAGUGGUCGACGCCAUCGGAAUGUCCGGUAUGCUGUGGAUCCACCUCCUGGCGGGUCGCGGACUGCGGGCCAUGUCCGAAACAUCGCAGGCCCAGCAACCGAUGAUUCGGGACUUGUACUGCGUACUGGAGUGCGAUCGCAUUCAUAAGGCUCGCACCGUCGUCCGGUCCGGUGACCUGCAGUUCGAUUGGGACGAAUCCUUCGAGCUGGAUCUGGUUUGCAACAAACAGCUGGACGUGCUGGUCUACUCCUGGGAUCCUCAACAUCGACACAAGCUGUGCUACCGAGGUGCCCUGUCGCUCACUACGCUACUGCGGCAAUCGCCGAUACACCAGCUGGCGUUGAAGGUUGAACCCCGCGGAACGAUAUACCUGCGUCUGAGGCACACAGAUCCCUUCCAGCUGUAUCGACGGCGAGGUUUGCCCAGCCUACGGGGUAACGUGCCGGCCCUGUUCGGUGCCGAUCUGGAGACGGUAGUGACGCGUGAAUCCAAGGGCGCUCCCGGAUGCGCUCCAGUUCCUAUCAUUUUGCGUCGCUGCGUCGAAGAAGUCGAACGCCGCGGACUGGACAUCAUCGGCCUGUACCGAUUGUGUGGAUCCGCUACCAAAAAGCGAUUGCUCAGAGAAGCCUUCGAGCGCAACAGCCGAGCGGUAGAGCUGACACCGGAACACGUACCGGACAUCAAUGUGAUCACCGGCGUCCUCAAGGACUAUCUGCGUGAACUUCCCGAGCCACUGUUUACCAAAUGUCUGUUCCAGAUGACGGUCGAUGCGCUAGGUAGUGUCUGUCUACCGGACGAUCCGGAAGGUAAUGCCAAGCUGAUGCUCAGCAUCCUGGACUGUUUGCCAAGAGCGAAUCGGGCGACGCUGGUCUUCCUGUUGGAUCACCUGUCGCUGGUGGUGUCCGCCUCGGAGCGCAACAAGAUGUCCGCCCAGGCCCUGGCCACUGUUAUGGGCCCGCCACUGAUGCUGCACUCGUCUAGUGCCGGCCCGAAUGAGGAGAUCGAUCACGCACAACCGAUCGCAGUGCUCAAGUAUCUGCUGCAGAUCUGGCCCCAGCCACAGCACGGCCACGUCGGUGGUACUUCAGGUCGGCGCGGCGAGCCAGUAGAGCCGCGUGGAAACAAAGCCAGUGCGUUGCCAGUGGGCAAAUCUCCGGCGCCUCACCCAUCCCUCCCAUCAUCGUCGGGGGCGUCGGCGGCGGCGGCGGCAGCGGCAGCACCAAUCAGCCUCAGCAGCAGCAGCCUCAGCCUCAGCACCAGCACCAGCCAGCUCAGAAUGCACCAUCAGCCGUCGGCGGCGGUGGCAUCAUCCUCCCUGUUGGCGGCAUCGGGGACAGCGGCAGCGGCGGCGGAGUCUAUCUCCCGUUCAGUAGCCAGCAGUCCAUCAACAACCUCCUUACAGCUCGGUCCGCAUCCGCUCUCAGCCACUCCCAGCAGUCUACCGUAUCAAUCAGUAGUGGCUCAGUUAGCUCAAUCCCAUCGAGCCUCGCCACAUGUGGGCCCUCAGCCCCAUCAAUUGGAGGGCUUAGCGGCCUCGGCGGAGCACGGCCAAUCGCCACGUCACGUCACACCCUCCCCAAGCUCUAGUUCCACCUCGUCGGCGUCCGGAUCCGGUUCCGGUACUGAUACCAUAAAACGUGGCGCAUCACCCGCUUCGGUUAAGUUCAGAGAAUCCGGCAGUAGCUAUUCCCUCAAGUCCGACACGAGCCGCAUCCUCAGCAGUAGCAGCAGCCUAGCAAAGAAGUACACCCCCAAUGGUGGCGCUGGAGGUGCCGAAUCCAUCACCAACGGUUCCACCUCGUUCGAUCAUCACCAUCAUCCGGUGGGAUCGUCGUCAUCGAUUCUUGGCAACGGAGCCGCCGCCACCAGCAGCAGCAGCAGCGGCAUCACCAACGGAGCCAUUCGCAAACAGCCUCAGCGUGACGGCGGCAAUGGCGGCAACGGCAGCAGUAGCAGCACUAUCAACAAUGGACCAAAUAUCUCCUCAUCAUCAGAUUUACAACUUCCAUCCAGAAGUGUUCUUUUCUCAUCGGAUUACCUGUCAUCCACAUCCCCAUCCUCGACGGCGGCCACGACGCUAGCGAUGCAGAAGUCAACGAUGUCGGUGGGGUCACUGUCAACGUUAGAUGUGGCCACAUUCAGCCUGGACGAUAAGAACAACCUUGUGGUGUCGCCGUCGCCUUCGUCGGCUUCGGAGUCCUCGCACCAUUCGUCAAACUCUUCGCUAAGGGAACGAUCACCGCAGCCAUCGCCGUCGCUGAAGCGGCAGGAACCGAUCGAUCGUACCGAUAGCGUUGGCGGCAGUUCGAGCACCGGCGGAUCCAGUCUGUUUUCAUCGCUCCGAAGUCAAACGCUCGGCAGUUACCAGUUCCCGUCGAGUACGCUGAAGUUAUCGGGUCAGCUAAGCGCGGACUCGGCCACAUCGGCAGACGAUGGCAGCACUUCGUCGUUGCUUCGGAAACUCACCACGUCACUGUCGAGAUCCAUCACCAGCAAUACAGGCACAUUACCAUUAUCGUUAGGUAGGCAAGGCGCGAGUAGUUCAUUAUAUCAGCAAGAAAAGAGCUAUUCAGGCGGUAGCAGCAGCGGCGGCAGUAGUAGUGGUAAACCAACGAGUGCUUCUCUGAAUUACGCAAGCCCAGCCGGUGGUGGCAGUCUGCUGAGCGGUGGUGACGGUAGCGGAGCUAGUGCAGUAACCACGGCGGCCGCCGUCACUAGUAUGAGCAUCUACGGCACGCUUCCGAAGAAUUCGUCAAUCUACUCGUACGGUGGUGGGUCGUCCGGUAUACUCACGGGCACGUCCAGCUCGUACGGUAUUAGCGAUCGACUACGGGCACUGACCGGUAGCGGUGGUGGCAGCACGGGCGGCGAAAGCUCCAGUGGACUGGGAUCCAGCAUGACUACGACGGCAACUUCGUCUAGCUCCGGAGCGGACAGCGGAGCCGGCUCCAGUGCGGCCGAUCUGGGCGCUAGCGGGUAUGAUUACGAGUCGUCUGGAUUCUCGUCCACGGGACUGACUUCGUCCUACGGUGGGGCGUCCGCUUCUUCUUCGGUAUCGAUGAACACUUCGGCAGGUUCUGGCCUUUCGUCGUCGUACUUCAGCACCGGAAGCGGUAGCAGCCCUUUCGGUGGUGCUAACGGUGGAUCCACCGAAACUACCGGAAGCGGUCCUCCGACCUAUCGAGUGCAAUAUUCGUCAACGAAUCCCUUCUUACCGAGUUACAAUCCACCGAAUAUUGACAAUGGCGGUGCUGUUCCUGGUAACGGGGGUGCUAAUAGCGGGCGCAACGGUGGACUACGGUCCUCGGACGAGGACGACUCGUUCGAUAUGAAGUAAGAUGAUACCAACCAACCAAUUCACUAUUCGAACAGUAUUAGUCAAAGCGUAGCUGACAGGUAUUUAGGAGCCCUUUGUUAAACUGUAGUAGGAUAGUUACGAACCAAACAGAACUUACAAUCAUAGUUUUUCUUCUUUUGUACGAAGCCAGUUUUUUUUUUCCAAAACAAAAACAAUCAAAACACAAACAGUUUUUUUUUCCUCUAACGGGGAAGUAUUUGACACUCUGUACUUGGUAUUGUUUACACCGAAGCAGGUGCGUGUUUUCACGCGUCUGAUCGAUUCCUUUUCUAGGUUCUGUUUUACGCGAAACAGGAAAAUAUUAUCGAAAAAAAAAACUAAGAUGCAAUAGGCGAAUACAAAUUUUUGCAAAAAAAAACCCUUACAACAUACAUACCCUAUAUAUGAUUGUAUUAUAUUGGGAAAAAUUUGAUGAACCAACAAACGAAAACAAUUACAAAACAUGCAUUUAGACGCAGGAACAGGAUUGUUAUAACCUUAUAAUACUGAACGUGCGCAUUUGAUACGCUUUACUUGUCAUUUAAACGAACAAAACAACAACAAACGGAAAGUCGAAAAACGCAAAUAAUAAUCAACGCUGCUUUAGAACGAAUGCCAUCAUCAAUAACAAAAACAAAACAGCAAAACACACGACACAAACUCACAUUUGCUAUUGUUUGUAAAUGGAGGCGGCGCGAAAUAAACACAAAAAACGAAAACAAUAAGACGAAAAAGAACAAGACUAACUUUUACAUUACAAUUAUAAAGAAAAGGGAAAACAUCUCGUUCACCGACACUCACAAACACUCAUACAAAGCCAGCUACCAGCAGUCAGUGUUAGGGUGAAGAAAGAACAGGAGAAACAGAAUCGAAGACUUGUUCGCACACACACACACUCACAAAAUCUCACACCCGCUAAAUUUCGCUUCAACGGAAUCAUGACACUUAAGCGUUAAAGGAAAAUAACAAGCAAUUAGCAAAACAAAAUUAAAGACCAUUUAUAACCAGUGACUCACACACACACACACACACGCAUACGAUUAUACGAAACAAAUGCAUAACCUUUUUCAGUGCGCAGCAAGCGUCAUGUAACUUUUUCCCUCUUUAACAUCACUCUAUUUAUAGCACAAUUCUUCAUUAGGCAAUUUUUAUGGGAAGCGAAAUGCACUCAUUCUCAGACAAGUACGGCACAUCAUCAUCAUCAUCAUCAUCAUCUUCGUAAUCAACAAUAUCCGGUAGUCCAAUUAAUAUGGGGAAAGUAGAACACAAAUAGACGCCUUACUAAAAAUCGGGAAAAUUGGCAACACUUUUGCUUUCUGUCAGUAUUGGGGGGUUUUGCCGAGUGCACGGUUGGAUUUGAGUUCACUCACUCGAGAUAAACAGGUACAAGCUGCGGGCAAUAUUUACUAAUCAUGAACACCAAUGGCGAUAAGUUCCAACUCGAAUUAACUUUUAAUACCGUCCCUGAUUGGAGGAUGUACCAAAUGUUUGUUAAGGAUGGUAUUGAUUAACAUCGACGUCGACAGCAAAACAGCCUGUCAUUCGUGAUUGGGAUUUAAUCCAAGGAUAAUACCGGUUGGAGCUGAAUAAUGAACAUUUAUUAUGGUAAGCUCCAACCGGUAUGAUCCUCGAAUCAAAUCCCGAUCAAUAAUAUCAAGCUGC